AUGUCAGCAGUAGCAGAAGGGAACAACAGUGAGCUUGCCAUGCCCACACACACACCCUCCCUUCUACCUCCAUAUGCUCUUGAAGGAAACCCACCUGAUAUUAAUGGAGAAGAACCACCUGUGCUGUCCUGGAGAAGAAAAUCUAAAGCACCACCUCCUCCAUCUGAAACAAAAUCCAUUGCUGUUUCUCCAUUUGAUAACACAGAGCCAACCAACCUCAUCAUGGAACAGAAAGAGAAUGUAAUCGAUAAAGAUAUUGAAUUAUCAGUGGUCCUGCCAGGAGAUGUGGUCAAGUACACUACAGUUAACGGGAGGAAGCCCAUGAUGGACUUGCUGAUCUUUCUCUGUGCACAGUAUCAUUUAAAUCCAUCAAGUUAUACCAUAGAGUUGGUAUCAGCAGAAAAUAGCCAGAUUAAAUUCAAACCCAACACACCAGUGGGAAUGCUUGAAGUGGAAAAGGUCAUUGUAAAGGCAAAGCAAAUGGAUAAGAAGAAACCCGCUCCAGUUAUACCAGAGCAAACAGUAAGGGUAGUGAUAAACUACAAGAAGACACAGAAGACAGUAGUAAGAGUCAGUCCACAUUCACCCCUUCAAGAGCUCAUUCCAAUUAUCUGUAGCAAAUGUGAGUUUGAUCCUUCAAACACUCUGCUACUGAAGAGUUACCAGUCUCAAGAACCUCUUGAUAUGACAAAGUCUCUUAAUGACCUCGGACUAAGAGAACUGUAUGCCAUGGAUAUCAGUCAAGCCUCAUCACCAGUUGAUUUAAAUUUGCCAUCUUUUCAAGGCUCCUACCAAUCUGAAAACAUAGAUGUUCUGAAGGAGAAAGAAAACAAAGGAUUCUUCAGCUUUUUUCAACGAAACAAGAAGAAGAGAGAACAAGCUGCCAGUGCCCCGGCAACUCCAUUGAUGAGCAAGCCAAGGCCACCAUUUAUCAUGAGAUCUAACACUGUCAGCAAGCAGUACGACUCCAACACUCUGCCAGCUGAAAUGCCAAAGAAACGGAGAGCUCCUCUGCCCCCCAUGCCGACCUCUCAGAGCGCUCCCCAGGAGCUGGCGCGAGCCCAAGCCAGACCUACCUCUGAUAUUGUGAAAUCCAACAGCUUUGAGAGGAGUGAGCAGGCCCCUGUGGGGUUGGUGAGGAAAGGCUCCCUGGUGCUCGGUGACACCGCUCCUGUGAACUCCUCUCUGCGCAGGAUGAAGCGCAAGGCGCCCUCACCACCCUCCAGAGCACCAGAAGAUCAAAGUGAAACCAGUAAUGAGCCUGUAACAGAGUCAACAGAAUCAGCCUCCACUAAAGCAGAAGGAAGAGCCACUGAAAUGAAGCCUGAAACAGAUGUAAGGAUCUCAGAAUGCAACCUGGAAGAAAUUGAUGAAAGGGAAGAGAUAGGUGUGCAGCAGGGAGAGGACAGUGGAAGUACCAAUACAUCUCCUGGGAUAGGAGAGGUUACUGCAGCCUUCAGCUCUGCUGAGGUACCACUGGAAAAUGACAAAAACGAUCCUGCUUCAUCAGCUCCUGUUCCUGGCAGUGUUCCCAUAGACAACUCGCAAAGCUUCAAGGAAGAAAAACAAGAAAAUAUGAGCACAGAUGGCAAAGGACUACAGACUAAGAUAAGCAGUGAGGAUGCUGGAUUUCAAACAGACAGGAAGCUUAACAUUUUAGAUCAAAAUAAAACUAAUGAUCACAGUGAUACAAAACUCCUUCCAACAACAGAAGAAGGGAAAGAACUUCAGACAGCCGAAAUUAAAACAGUAGAUUUUAGUGAAAAUAACAAUCUUGACAGACUAUCAAACUGCCAGGCAUGUAAAAAUGACAUCUCUGUAAGUCAUAGGAAUUAUCCUCAACUGAUUUCAGAAAAGCAAGAUAACAAAACAAAUCAAACUGGCUUGGACACAGUAAAAACUCAGGAUGUUGGAAUCCAGACGUUGGACAGCAAUUUGGGAAGGACUGUGCAGAAGGAAAUUAUUGUUCCUCAGGGUGUUAAAUCUUCCCCAUUUAGAGAACUGGCCCCUCAACAUGAUGAAGAUAAGAACAACUCCCUUGCUCAAGUGAUGCAUGGAAUGCACCAAGAGAGUGAAGAUACUUCAAUAGAGCAAAAUCUUGAAACACAAGAAGUUACUAAUAAAAAAGUAAUUCCAGUAAAAGACCAGAUUCACAUCUGUAUAAAUGGCAGUGGUCUUGCUUCACCAGAAACAACUGCUGAAAUUCCAGAAGAAUGUCCUGUAAAAGGUCACCCCUUUUAUAGACAGGACACCAAACCUAAGCCCAAACCUGCUAAUGAAAUUACAAGGGACUACAUACCAAAAAUUGGGAUGACUACUUAUAAGAUAGUGCCUCCAAAAUUCUUAGAAAUGAUGAAGAGCUGGGAAUCAGAAGUUCUAUCAGAUCAUAAGGAUCAAGAGGUAUCUACUUUGGAAGACCCCAAGGAAUUCAUAGUGCAAAAUGAAAUUCCUCAUCUGUCAAAAAGUGUGGGUCCUUUACAGGCCGGUUCACAAAAUGAAGCUGCAGCAGCAAAUGGUCUGCUGCAGAGAGUGAACAGCAUUUCUGAACAUAUUGUGACCUCUGGAGCUGAGAUUACUACUGAGAGCAACCAGAUGGAAGGACAGUCUUUCAAGCAACAUGUCCCACUGAUGCUGAACUUGGAUAAUACAAAUGCUUCUUCUGAGACUCAGGACAAGUCAAAUGCAUUAAGUCCAUUAAGUCCUACAACCAAGCCUAGUUCUUUUUAUCUGCAGAUGCAGCGCAGAGCUUCAGGUCACUAUGUGACAUCUGCAGUUGCCAGAAGCACGGUUUGUGCUCCUAAUUCAAUUCAAAAUGAAGUUAAGAAUGCAGAGAUGGGUAAAAAAGUCUCAUCACCUGAUAUGACUUCUCUGGCUUUACAGAAAACAAGUAUUCCCUCUCCUCCUGCAGAUCAAGAAAAAGUUGAUGAUGGAAAAAACAUUGAAUCUUCCACCUCUCCUGUUAAAAGCAACAAGCCUUUAAGUUUUCCCUCCUGCCCUCCAGCGCCGUUGAAUCUAAGAACUCUCAGAACUUUUGCAGUUCCUAAGCCAUACUCUAGUUCAAGACCAUCCCCUUUUGCUCUUGCUGUCUCAUCUGCAGUAAAAAGGUCACAAUCAUUCAAUAAGACACGUACGAUCACUAGCCAGGCACUGAGAGAGGAAUUGCCAAUGGAACUCUCCUCUGUCCCUUUGGCAGCUGGAUUCUCCUCAGCUACCUCUAUGCCUGAAGUGAAAAGUCCUUCCUUACAGACUGUAACAGCGGGGUCACAAAAUAGUCUAAUGGAUAAGAAAGGCAGCCAUGUGCAUAGUGAGCAGAAGAGUCAGGCACAGUCAGGUGCUUCCCCUGACCACCCACGCCCUGUCACUAAGAGACAAACGGCGAUGACGCUCCCGUGCGCUGACCCCGAACAGAUCCACCAGAGCUUGCUGGCUGCAAUCCGCUCUGGAGAAGCUGCUGCCAAAUUGAAAAGGGUUGGUCCUCCAUCAAACACCAUAGCUGUCAAUGGAAGAGCCGGGCUUAAUUCUUUGUAUUCCACAGAAUCUAAGGCUAAUCCCUAGAUUUUAUACCAAAUAUUUUGCACUUUACUACUGCUUCAUAGGCCAACUUAAUACUAACUGCAGAUUUUUGAAAUUGUAAAUGCAAGUGUAUGUUAAUAUAUUUUUGUCAACAGUUAUAACAAUUUCGAGCUGGGUCUUUUGAUGCCUUGAAAAGAUUAUUAGAGUAUGUAAAUUAUAGUGAUACUUUGCCUUUUUCUCUUUAUAAAGCUGACUAUGCUGCUAAAAAUUUUUAAGACGAGGUGUAGGUGAACUUUGCUUACAGAAUGAGAAUUGAAGGUUCUUGAUUUUAGCCUUCAAGACUGAACAAUAUGUAUGUAGCACUAUGCUGAAAUUGCAGAUUGGAAGCAACCUAAAAGUUUUAGAUGGAAAUAAUUUAAGUUUCGAUUGUGUAUUACUUUAACAGAUUGUAUGAACUUAAAUCUACCACAUGCUGCCUCCAUAUUACUUUAUUAAGUUACAAUUGUAAUUAGUAGGAAUCUUAAUUCAAUGCAAUACUUUGUUUCUGUGUAAAAAAAUAGUUGUUUUUGUCCCUCUAGCAGAGUAAUUGGGAAUAUGUAUUUUUUUUUUUACCCUCCUGUAGUUUGGUUUUGUUUUGGGUUUUUUUUUUGGUUUUUUUUUUUUUUUUGGUUUUUUUUUUUUUUUUUUUUUUUUUUUCUGAUAGCACACACACACACAAAAAUCAGGACAUAAAUUUUUGGAAACUUCUGUACUACUCAAAACCUUUUCUUAACAGUAGCACUACAUGAUGCUUCUCAACUAGUCUUUAAAUAUCUGUAUAUAGUAUUUACCUAGCACUCAGAUAAAAAAUACUUUUUGUGAACUAAUUAUAUCUUUAAGUAGUCAUCAACAUAUAGUUACUUACUAAUAAAUAACAAAUUCCAGUUUUGAUACUUAAUGAAAUAGAAUAUUUUUUUCACUCAAAGUAUAACUAAGAAAUGAACUGCUUUGGACUUAUUCAUAUGAAAGAUUUUAAUCUUAAAACAGCACAAAAACACAUAAAUCAUGCUUAU